AUGAAAAGGCCUUACACUCACAAUUUUGUUGGAGAAAUCAAAAGUAAGGUUCCUACAGCUCCAAAUCCAUUACAAUCGCUGGAAUCACCUCCCACCGUGAAAACGUCUAACAACUACAACUUUGUUCGUGAAAUAAAAAGAAAAGUUCCCACCGGUCCAAAUCCAGAACAAUCACCAGAGUCACCUCCCGCCAUGCAAAGGUCUUACGUUUACGACUUUAUUCACGAGAUAAAAAGAAAAGUUCCCUCUGGUCCAAAUCCAGAACAAUCACCAGAAUCACCUCCCGCCAUGAAAACUUCUUACAAGUACAACUUUAAUCCAAAAAUAAAAAGAAAUGUUCUCACAGAUCCAAAUUCAACUCAAUCACUUGAUUCGCCUCUUACCGUGAAGUCUUAG